AGAGCUGGAGUGCUAGGACUGGCUAGACCUCUCUGGAGUGGCGGAGAGGUCCUGACUUGCUGCACCACUGGACGACCCUGCCGUGUGCUCCACAUCGUCCUCCACUUCCUCAUCGGGGUCGAGUCCGCUGGCUGCUCUCUAAAGUAUCCAUGGGGCUCUUGGUGAUGUAGCUGGGGUCGCCACCAAGGAGGCAUGCAGCUCCUUAUAGAGCGAUGGUUGGCCUCCCUUGCCUUUUGAUUCCACCGGCACCCCCCAGGCCUGACUUUGAUGCUUCAAGGGAAAAACUACAGAAACUUGGAGAAGGAGAAGGAUCGAUGACUAAGGAAGAGUUCACUAAGAUGAAACAAGAACUGGAAGCUGAGUAUCUGGCAAUAUUCAAGAAGACAGUUGCAAUGCAUGAAGUGUUCUUGUGUCGUGUGGCAGCACAUCCUAUCUUGAGAAAAGAUUUAAAUUUCCAUGUCUUCUUGGAAUACAAUCAGGAUUUGAGUGUUCGUGGGAAAAACAAGAAAGAGAAACUUGAAGACUUCUUUAAAAACAUGGUUAAAUCAGCAGAUGGUGUCAUUGUUUCAGGAGUAAAGGAUGUAGAUGACUUUUUUGAACAUGAAAGAACAUUCCUUGUAGAAUACCAUAACCGAGUCAAAGAUGCUUCUGGCAAAUCUGAUAAAAUGACAAGAUCACACAAAAGUGUUGCAGAUGACUGUAAUAGAAUUGGUUCUUCAUUAUAUACAUUAGGAACGCAGGACUCCACAGAUAUGUGCAAGUUUUUUCUGAAGGUAUCAGAGUUAUUUGACAAAACAAGGAAAAUAGAGGCACGGGUAUCUGCUGAUGAAGACCUUAAGCUUUCUGACCUUCUGAAAUAUUAUUUAAGGGAAUCGCAAGCUGCUAAGGAUCUCCUAUAUAGAAGAUCUAGGUCACUAGUGGAUUAUGAAAAUGCUAAUAAGGCAUUGGAUAAAGCAAGAGCAAAAAAUAAAGAUGUGCUGCAAGCUGAAACCACUCAGCAAGUAUGUUGUCAGAAAUUUGAAAAAAUAUCUGAAUCCGCAAAACAAGAACUUGUAGACUUUAAAACAAGAAGAGUUGCUGCAUUCCGAAAGAAUCUAGUGGAACUUGCAGAAUUGGAACUGAAGCAUGCUAAGGGUAACUUGCAGCUGCUGCAGAGCUGCCUGGCAGUGUUAAAUGGAGACACAUAAAACACUCUGUCCAUCCACUAACAAGGGCUGCCUUCUUCUGGAUUUUGUUUUCAUGACUUUUAAUAGGGAUUUACAUCUCACCGGAGAAAUCAGUUGGCAAAGUAUGCAUAAAUAAGCUCCUCUUCUCUGAAAAAGUGAAGACUCCUGAAAGCAGUUCCAGACUAUAUGAAGCAACAGCAUACUCAUUUAUGCACAUGUAUUCACACACACGUUUAUUUAAUCAUUGUACGCUUUCAUUGUUCAGAAAUCAAAUGUCCUGUUUCUUUGUGAAAGUAGCCAAUAUAAUUAUGUUCAUGUUAUGAAUAGUAUUAUGGUAUGGCUGCCAAUCUUAUUUACCUUUGUAAGUAAUUUCUGAAGUUGCCCAUUUGAAUGUAUUGUUCAAAUGGAUUAAAUAUUGCCAUUAGAUGUUUGAAUAUUGUUAUUAUAAAGCAUUGUAUGCAUUGUCUUAGUUUUUCCAUGUCCUGGUGUCAAGCAUCUUAAUGAUUUUUUCCAAAUAAUGAACAUUUCUUAGAAAUUUUGGAGAACUUUAUGUAAUCUUUAUAAUUAUGAUUUAAAAGGAAAAGCAAAUGCAUUAGUAUGUUUGCCUUAACUUGUAGACUAAUCCCAAUUAUUGUAAAAUAAACUGUGAAAUCAGUGAUUUUUUUCUAAAACUAUGCAGUCAUUGUAUCAUCUAUAAUAAUUUAAAUAGGUAUUUGUAGCAAAUCUGGUUAAUUUGAUCAGCAUUUUCUCCACUCGUCCUCUGAAGCAAAUUGUUGAAUAGUGUUGGAUUGGACUGACCCUGCUUCCUGCUAGACUCUUCCAAUAACUCUUCUCACUUAAAUUUUGAAGGUUUAUUAGCUUAUCUAUCUACUGGUACCGUCUAGUUCACCUAGACAUUGUUUCAGACUUGGUUACCAUUCUAGAGGAAAGUAAUUUUUAAAAAGAGUUUGUUUUUUUUAGUAGGAAAGAGGAAGAGGAGUGACAAAAGCAUGAGUUUGGAAAGCAGGGGAGGCAGUCAGAGAGACAGUGUUGUAAUUCGCCCCUUCUUGGUUAAACACAAGUAGCUCUGUCUCAAAAAAACAAACAAAAAACAACCCUAAAAACAACGAUUUGGACAUGAAGGAGUGGCAGGAAUGACAGAGGAGGGUCACGUUCCCCUGACCAAAAUUUUGGGCUGUGACUCUUACUGACUUUGGAUCCUUAGGGUAUGUCUA